AAAAAUAAAAAAAGUUCAAGAAAAACGAAUCAAAAUGGAGAAACAAGCAGCCAAAGUGUCCGCCGUGGUGGCAAUUGAACAAAAUGAUGCCGAUAAGAAGCAGGGCAAAGACAUAUUCUCCGCCGAAGAGCACAAGGCCAUCAAGGAGUUGCGUGCCAUCUUCAAGGAGACCAUCGACCUGGACAUGGAGAUGCAGUCGGACAUCUACCGCCUGGAGAUGCAGUACCAGUCGCGGUACCAGGUGCUCUACGACGAGCGCAAGAAGCUGCUGAACAAGGUGCGCCAGCAGAACCGCGGCGACGGCGAGUCCAAGUCCAGUGGCGAUUUGCAGAGCUUCUGGAUGCAGGUGCUGAGGGCCUCCUACUCCAAGAUAAUUCGCCCAAAUGAUGAGAAAAUUCUCGUCCACUUGAACGACAUCAGUACGCGGAUUUUCAGCAAUCCAUCUAGGUUCGUAAUCAGUUUCCAUUUCGAUCCGAACGAGUACUUCUCGGACGCUGUGCUGAACAAAACGUACUACCUGAAGUGCGAGCCUGAUCCGGAGACUCCGCUCAUUUACGAUGGCGCCGAGAUCGUCAAGACCGAGGGGUGCACCAUACACUGGACCAAGCCCCUCUGUCCAAAUGAGGCGGCCUACUCCUUCUUCAAUUACUUCAGUCCGCCCCUGCUGCCAGCGAGCAAAUGCGACCCCAAAUACUGCGAGAUCAGUGCGAUUCUCCAGAGUGACUUCCAAAUGGGCUUCUACCUCAAGGAACGGGUGGUGCCGAAAGCAGUCAUAUUUUUCACCGGAGAAAUAAGGGACUGCCAGAGCACUACCAGCUCCUCGGACUCGGAUUCAGAGUCGUCGGAGAAUAAACGAGCAUCGAUCGAGGCCGUAGGCGGGAAUUCAACCGAUGAUGAUGAUGAUGAUGAAUAAGUGCAGAAACACAAAAUACUUCAAAGCUCCCAUACAUAUUUCACAAUUCUCAAACAAGCAAUUCCAAGAAAGUACCAAAUGCCAGACACUCCUUUCUUGGAUACUCCAUCCACACACACACACACACACACAACACAACACAAGAUGGAGGCGACACAAACCAUAUUCCAAAGCUAACAAAGCAGUGCAACAAUAUUUCAAAGAGUGACUGGCCCCAACAAUUUUAAACACAAACAUGCCACACAAACGAAAUGUAUUUCACAACAAUCUGUAAGAGAAGAUACCCAAUUGACAUUAUAAUGGUUCGAGCGCAA